CCACAUCCACUGCCCUACAGCAAUCAUGCAGUCCCAAGACUUACAUCCAGACCACAUCCCCUUUUUCCUUGCCUCCUUCUUUAUCUACCUCUGCAAGGAGGAAGCCAUCCACCUUGUCGAUGUCUUCUGUGUCCACCGUUUCUAGUGAAUCCAUUACCACCAGCUGUGCAUCAGAUGACUGCCCCAGUGUGGAAACCACUCUAUCCAGUCUUCCCUCUGUUGUACCUGCUGUCCCACCUGUCCCUCAGACUCCUUCUCAAUCUCCUGCUCUGUCAUCUUCUGGUUUCAAUGAUUUCUGGUUGCCAGCAGAGAUGAAGAAAAACAUCCCUCUACAAGACCAGAAAUGGAUAGCAUCCACAUUGUGGGGGAAUCAGAGACUUAGAAGUGGCCUGAAGCUAUGGUAUGAGCCACCUACACCAGCUCUGAUUUACCAUCAGGUGCCCACACCAGAUCCCUUCUUCACCCAUCGUCUUCUUGUGUGGAUGCCAUACCACCUGUGGAAGGUCAGGUUGCAGUGCCCAGACUGCGGCAAGCAGCUGACUGGUUGCGGAAUCCAUAAAAGAGUGCGACAUGUCUUGGACAUUGACAGAUAUUACCUGAUGGUGACCGAGACUCUCCGUUGCAAUUUUUGUAAAGUCACCCAUCUGUCAACAAGCAAGACCGUCCUGGACCAACUGGAUGUCCCUCACCGGUCAGAGUUCCGAAUCAUCCUCACACGAAAGUAUGCUUGUGAUAUUAGGGUCAUCCGUCUGAUGAGAGAGAGGACAUUGGGGAACAGCUGCAAUCGUCUCCUAAAGCAGCUAAAAGAAAAUCACAGUGAGGAGUGGUUGAUUCGCCUUGCCAGAUAUUUUGGGGAGUGUGAAUCUUUUGUAGCGCAUCCCAGCCUUUUUCCUGUGGUUUUUCAAGAGCCCCCAGAGCCGAUUGCUGUCCCCACAGAAAGAUGGCUUCUUACAGUCUACGGAAAGGACAUAAUGAGUCGAGUCGACCACAUCAAGGCUUCCAUUACGUCCAUUUUUGGAUCCAUCUUAAAAAUGGACUCCACUAAAAAGGUAUUAGAUCAUUACUGUGUAACAUUUAGAUAAAAUUCCACUCAGGGUUUUUGUGUGUGAAAUGCUCUGUUCUAAAGAAAUGUGUGGAGUCAGAAUUGUUCUUGGCUUUGCUGUUUGAAAUUUUAUUUGCUUCUAAAAUUACCUCUAUUUUAUGAUCAACACACAAAACACUUGUAGGUUUACUGGUGGUUUUGAAUAGCAAAUGAAAUGGCUUUAUUUGCACUGCAGAUAUAACCUCUCCUUUCUAUCACCAUAUGUUAAAUCAGUGAGAUUCAGUAGGUUUCUCUACUAAUUAACAAUUCCCAUUUAACAAUGGCUGAUUAUUGAUGCAAUGCAAUCUUAUGUCCUAUUGUUUUGUUAGAUCACAAGGAAG